UGCCUUUAGAUGCCUAAAUAUAAAAGUAGUUUCCAGGAUAUUCGGUUAAAUAAUGAUAGUUACACUUCUUGGCUUCAGAAAGAUAAAAAUCCUAGCCUUGCAAGAUGCAAAGUUUGUUUUAAGUAAUUCUCAGUAGCAGCCAUGGGUAUAAAGGCUCUUGAUGUACAUGGGAGAGGAGCAAAACACAUAGAGCGAUUGCCUAAAGAGGGUUAUUUUUUUUGUUUAAAGAAACUUUGCAAUCAGUACCACAGAAGCCUACCUCAUCAAAACAAUGUAUUAUUUCAGAUAUGCUUCAAAAGGAAGCAGUUUUGAAAGCAGAGUUAAUUUGGUGUUUAGAUAUUGUUCAAAGCAAAUACUCUUUUAGAUCAAGUGAGAAUAAGUCUAAACAAUUUGCUUCCAUGUUUCCAGAUAGCAAAAUUGCCAGCAACUUUUCCUGUGGUCGAACAAAGUCUGGCUAUAUUGUAACUCAUGGUCUUGCCCCUUAUUUUAAAAACAUUCUGAUAAAAGAUCUUAACCUGUUGAUAACUUUGUGUGUCUUUUUGAUGAGUCUUACAAUAAAAUUGUAAAGAAAGGUCGAAUGGACUUACAUGUAAGAUAUUGGAAUGAAGAGAGUAUUACUGUUUGCACAAGAUAUUAUACUUCAGAGUUCAUGAGAAAAGCUGCAGCCCCAGAUAUUCUAAAUAUGUUUAAAUCCUGCAUGACUGGUUUAAAUGCUGAAAAAAUGUUUCAGGUUUCUAUGGAUGGCCCUAAUGUAAAUAAACUGUUUUUGGAAAUGCUCAACAAAGAACGUCAUAACAAUGAAUUAAGUACACUCAUCGAUAUUGGUACCUGUGGUUUACAUACUAUCAAUGGAUCCUUACAAACUGGUGCUAAAGCUACUGAUUGGAGCUUAAGGAAGUUAAUGUCUUCAAUGUACCAAAAAUUUCAUGAAAGUCCAUCAAGAUUAAGUGAUUAUAAAAGAAUAGCUGAGGCAACAAGUUCAGAUUUUCCUUACAUGUUUUGUGGUACUCGAUGGGCUGAAAAUCAAAGUGUUGCCAAGAAAGCAAUAGAGGUUUGGUCAAAAGUAGUAUUAGUUGUUGACUACUGGAAGUCUUUACCAAAGAGUAAGCAACCUGGAUGUGGUAAAUCAGGACAAAACACCAGCUUUGAACAUUUAAGUUCUCGAACAAAUGAAUUUUUAGUUCCUUUAAAGUUGAAGUUUUUUGAAGAAAUUAGUGGCAGUCUAAAUACAUUCCUUGUUUCUUUUCAAACUGAUAAACCAAUGACUCCUUUUCUGGUGGUGACACUUGAAGAACUACUACACAACUUUUAUGCAAAGUUCAUUCAAUUAGAUGUUCUUUUAAAUGCCAAAACUACAACAUCUUUGUUAAAAAUAGAUUUGUUUAAUUUCGCAAACUGGCUUUCAACCAGCCAAAUUGAUGUUGGUUUUUCAUUGAAGUUUUAUCUCCAGCAACUUAAGAGUAAGGGAAAGAUUACCGAUGUUCAAAUUGAUAAGUUCAAAAAGGAAAUAUGUGAUUUUCUUGUCUCAAUGUGUACUCAUAUUAUUGAGAAAAGCCCUUUGUCUUCACUGGUUGCUCGCUGUCUGGUGUGUAUUUCCCCAUCAUUUAUGGUUGAAUAUCCAGAAAAGUGUGAUUAUUUUUUUGACAAACUGUUGAUAAAGCUUGUUACUUACAAGAAAAUUAGAGCUUCUGUUGGUGAUUUAGCUAAGAAAGAAUAUUCCAGGUUCUGUAAAAGUGUGGUUGUUGAUAACAAAGAAGUAUUUUUGACUUUUGAUAAAGAUAAGGAUUGUUUGGACUACUUUUUGUGGAAAUACACUGAUUUAAAGAUAUAUGCAAAUCUACAGCACAUUUCAAAAUUAUACUCAUUUUAUCCCACAGACAAGCUCAAGUUGAAAGAGAAUUUAGCAGCAAUAAAAGUCUGAUCGAUGACAAUAUGUCCCCAGACACUAUUAUCUCUUUACGUUCAAUCCAAGAUUACCUCACAUUUCAUGGGUUUAUGGCUCAUGAAGUUGAAAUAAAAAAAACAAAAGAUUUAUUAGAUUAUUGCAAACAAGCAAGAAAAAAGUAUUUUGAUGAUCAACAUUUAAAAGCCCUGUCUGUAGAAAAAACAGUGAAAAUGGAAGCAAAAAGAAAAAUUAUAGAAGAUAUUGAAAUUGUCAAUACUGAAAUUCGACAGACAUUAUCUAUGAUU